AGGAGGUGGGGGGAGGAGGCAGCGGCCUGCGCCCGGCAGGACCGAGGGCGUGCCGGGGAUGGCCCGGGUGUCCGGCCCGGCCCGCGUCCAGGGUGCGCAGCCCGUAAGGCCCGCUGGGGGCGCGCAGUCGGCGGCCGCGGCACCUGAGCUCGGCUCGCUGCAGGCGCGCCCGGGGGCCGGGAGACCCCGUCCGAAGUGAGACACACAGGGCGCUCGCCGCGUCCGCCUCCCCCUCCCUUCGGUGCGUCCGCGCCGGGGGUCCAGGGCCCGUGGGCACUGAAUGGGCACAGAAGGCCAUGGGCACCUUCCAGCUGGAUGACUUCGUGGCGGGCUGGAUCGGAGGUGCCGCCAGCGUCAUCAUCGGCCACCCUCUGGACACAGUCAAGACUCGCCUGCAGGCUGGCGUUGGCUAUAGGAACACCCUGGACUGUAUCCGCACGGUGUAUAGGAGGGAGAGUAUCUUUGGCUUCUUCAAGGGCAUGUCCUUCCCCCUGGCCAGCAUCGCCAUCAAUAACUGCUUGGUGUUUGGGGUCUUCAGUAAUACCAUGCGGUUCCUCAACCAGCACUACAGCGACAAGCCCGAGGCCAGCCCGCCCACUGCCCUGUCCCACCUGCUUCUGGCCAGCAUGGUGGCGGGGGUGGUGUCCGUGGGGCUGAGCACGCCUGUGGACCUCAUCAAGAUUCGGCUACAGAUGCAAACACGGCCGUUUCGGGAAGGCCGCCCCGGUUCGCCGGCCCAGAAAGCGGCCCUCGGGGAGCGGCCAGCCUACCAGGGGCCCGUGCACUGCCUCACCACCAUCGUGCGCACCGAGGGCCUGGCCGGGCUGUACCGGGGCCUCAGUGCCAUGCUGCUGCGGGACGUUCCCGGCUACUGCCUCUACUUCAUCCCCUACGUGCUCCUCAAUGAGUGGCUGACACCCGAGGGCAGCGCGGGCCCCAGCCCCUACUGCGUGUGGCUGGCGGGCGGCGUGGCAGGAGCCAUUUCUUGGGGGACAGCGACUCCUAUGGAUGUCGUGAAAAGUCGACUCCAAGCUGAUGGGGUUUAUACGACUAAAUACAAAGGCGUCCUGGACUGUAUCUCCCAGAGUUACCGGAAGGAAGGCCUGAAAGUGUUUUUCAGAGGCGCCACAAUCAGCAUGGUCCGGGGCUUCCCCAUGAGCGCAGCCAUGUUCCUGGGCUACGAGCUCUCGCUGAAGGCCUUCCGCGGGGACUACGGGGUGCCCAGCCCCUAGCACCAGGAAGAAAGCAGAAUCAGACAAGACGAGAGAGUUGGCCUGUGAUGGUAGGGACCCUGCCUCAGGCCAGCAGCGGCUCCUAGGUUGUCCCAGAAGCCCUCAGCAUCGCUUCCCUCCACAACCUACCUGGAGAUCUGCUGACCUGCCUCCUGGCUGUGACCCGUCAUACACCAGCCUCUUUGGUCUACUUUCAAGUUCAGGAAAAUUCAUCCUCAAGGAAAGAAGAUAUAUCGUUCCUAUAGCAUUUUGGGGAAGUGAGCACUUUACAGAGAGCCCUGCCAAGGCAUAGACAUUGCCCCGUCUAUUCCCACACUGAGGCUUUGCCAACUGAUGCAUCUGCCUGGGAGUGCAGCAGAACUCCUCCCCUUCCAGCUGUCAGGUGGGUGGUGGGCACUGCGGCUGAAGGGCAGGGCAAGAGAGGAAGAAGGAAGAGACCCUCUCCCCCCACCUCAGCCCCAGCUGUACUGGCCUGUGAGGUGUGUGUCUCCAGGCCUCUUGUUUCCAUGGGGAACAAAAUAAACAAAAUAAAAGACUUUA